CUGGGAGUGGCCAUCCCGGCCUGUUCCCUCAAGACCUUUAAAUGUGCUGUACAGUGUCGCCUCUACAUCAUUUUAUCAGAGAGAAAGAUGAGAUAAAAUGAGUAGGGUAAAUUAUCGAAAAAUAAUGAUCCGAUAAAUUUAUUCACAUAAAAAGGGCGUUCACGAAACAGCUGAUGCAGCUCCGUAAUAACCUAGAUUCACCUUUACGUAGAAUGAAUUUGCGCUCCAUCAUAACCAAUGACGUGGAUAUAGGUUAAAUUUUUCUACGCUCAUGUGUGUAGUACGCGCAAACAAAUAAAAUCAGUUGCAUUAGACACGUUUUUCAUAAGGAACAAUCUGUAAAUAAUGUUCGAAAUCACGGAUACACAGAAAAUCGGAGUAGGAUUGGCAGGAUUUGGUAUUUCUUUCCUGUUCCUUGGUGUAUUAUUACUUUUCGAUAAGGGUUUACUUGCUAUUGGAAAUCUAUUGUUUAUAUCGGGACUUGCGUGUGUAAUUGGGCCAUGGAGGACUUUAAAUUUCUUCUUUCAAAGACAUAAAAUGAAAGCCAGCGUCUCGUUCUUAGGAGGCGUUUUGGUAGUACUCAUGGGUUGGCCCAUUGUGGGAAUGAUUUUAGAAACUUAUGGCUUUGUAUUGCUAUUUAGUGGCUUUCUACCAGUAGCAAUAAAUUUCUUACGAAGAGUACCUCUAUUGGGUACUCUACUGAAUAUGCCUGGUAUCAGUCGAAUUUUGGACAUAAUAGCAGGUGACUCCAAUAGGACAACUGUAUGAUAAUUAUAUAAUUUAAACAUUUUUAUAUAACUUUAAAAAUAUCAACACAUUUUUGCUUCAAACUUGUAUAUAAAACAAUCAUGUGUUCCAUAUUCUUUUUCUGUCACUCUUGUGUUAGGAUGUCAGUUGUUGGAUAGAAAUUUUUGUACAAAAACACAAAUGUGUGUAUAU